UGCCGUCAGCGACGUCGUCCGCUCGGUUCUUCUCUACGGGGUGUAUCGUGAAAAGAAAAAAGAAAUUUCGCGCGACAAACCUUGCAUUCCGGCGAUUCAUUGUAGUUGUUGCACACGAAAUUCAAUCGAUCAAGGUCCGAUCAGACGAAGACGAGGAGCCCGAGAAAAAGCCGGUUUCGCUUGUGAAAAAAAAAAAAAAAACAAAAAUAUACAAACAAAAAGUAUCGCGAGGAUGCGAAAUAAGAGAAAAGGUGGAGGAGGAAAAAAUAACAAAUGAAAACCAAUAAUCCGCAUUGUACGUCAGGUGUGCGUAUCACGGAGUAAAGCGAAUUUGGGUAUUUAUUGUGUGAUGUAACUCAAGCAUCGCACACUCGUUUUCAUUCUCGAUAUAAACAGAUCCGGAAGUGAAUGGGACGUGAAAUUCGGUCGAAUACAAAACGCUGCUAUUUCAUUCGCAGGUUUAAUCUUCAUGGUGAAAUAUUUCGAGAGUGAUUGUUCAACGAACACUGGAUUUUAGUGAAUAAACGAGAAGCUGGAAGUUUGUUUGCGACCUGUUGGAUGUUUGAAAAAGUUGGUGGAAAAUUGUGCAUGUUUGACACGAGAAAAGCGGUUUUUUUCGUUAAUGCUUGAGCUGUUGGGUAGCUGCGAGUGACUUGGUGCCUCUCUCUUUCUCCCUCUUCCUCUACACUCCUACAUCAGUUAGGGGUGAGUUUUCUACGCGCAAUGGCGCCCAACGUGACCAGUGAAAACCUCACCGUACUGGCACUACUCGUAUUGCCUCGUUGCUCAAUCGUCGAUAACCGAAACUCAGAUUAUCGGUGAAUACGGUUUUUAACCCUCUGGAUUCAAAAAUGUACGUUUAUGUGUAAAAAAAGAAACGAGAGGAAAGAAUUUUCCAUUGAAAAACAUUGGAGGUGCGAGAAUAAUUCGUGUUGGGCGGUGGUACAAACGUGAUUUUAUUUCUUCAUGGUAAUAAUAUCGAGUGAAGUGGCAGUCUGAUCGAGUCUCUACUGCUUCCACUGAAUAUCGCGUUCCUCGACAACUGCUCGACUAAAAGUGUUACGCAGAGCCAAGUGAGACCUCCGAAUCGCUCAAAAAACCGAUUGGAAUCUGGCUGUUGAGAUAUCAAAGUCGAGACAACACUCGAAUCAUUGCGACACUCCAGCUCUCCUGAAUCCACGUUACAACGAUUUACAGAAAUGUGAUUCUCGCGGUGUCCUCAAACAUCUGGGCUCUGUCACAGGAAUCAGGAUAAAUUCAGUGUUUUAUGGAUUCACACCGAAGUGACCCGUAACCAAGGAGAAACGAAAAAGCAAUUAGCUCGAUAUUUAACAUUUAUAAGUAUACGUCGAUGUACUUGUCUCAACGUACUCAUAAAAAUGGAAUAGUUAUUGGCACUGGUGCAACAUGAAAAUCCGAAAGAGAUGUCCGCAUUCGAGGCGAAAGGAGAAAUCGAAAUUUUGAUUCGCGUUGAUACGUACAUAGAAGGAUUCACACGUUUUGGUAUAUCGGAGCGCAAAUACAAUCUCUUCGCUUCGUUGGCCAUUGGGCAUAAAAAUAUUCAUCUUCUUUCCUCAUCCAAGAAUAUGUCCAGGACUCGAAAUUUUGCGAUGCUUGAAAGGUCGCUCGAGACAUCGAGUCGCGGGAGGAAAAUAAAAUCGAGAAAAUGUGGGAAGUACAAGCUUUAAGGUGAAAUUAAGUGUUUUGUGUGUGCGUGGGUUCGUGCGUUUAUAUGUGUGUACGGUGUGUGCGGGCGUGAUAUUACGCCUGCCCGGUGAUAACGUGCAAUCCUGGCGGAAACGAGAGCCGAUACGGCGGCGAUGCAGGGCACGGAGAGCCCCGUCGGGUCCAACACCCAGAAGACCCAUCAGUAUGUCGGGCCCUACAGGCUCGAAAAGACCCUGGGAAAAGGACAAACCGGUCUGGUGAAGCUCGGAGUUCACUGUGUGUUGGGCAAGAAGGUAGCUAUCAAGAUCAUCAACCGUGAAAAACUGUCGGAGUCCGUGUUGAUGAAGGUUGAGCGUGAGAUUGCCAUCAUGAAGCUCAUCGAUCAUCCCCAUGUACUCGGUCUGUCAGACGUUUACGAAAACAAGAAAUAUCUCUACCUCGUUCUGGAACACGUCUCAGGUGGUGAACUCUUCGACUAUUUGGUGAAGAAGGCACGCCUAACGCCGAAGGAAGCGAGAAGGUUCUUUCGUCAAAUCAUUUCCGCGUUAGACUUUUGCCACAGUCAUAGUAUAUGUCACAGAGACCUCAAGCCUGAAAAUUUGUUACUCGAUGAGAAAAACAAUAUAAAAGUAGCGGAUUUUGGUAUGGCGUCGCUGCAACCGGCGGGUUCAAUGUUGGAAACGAGUUGUGGCUCACCUCACUACGCCUGUCCCGAAGUUAUUAGGGGCGAAAAGUAUGACGGGAGAAAAGCUGACGUCUGGUCAUGCGGGGUUAUUCUAUACGCUUUGCUCGUCGGUGCUUUGCCCUUCGACGACGACAAUCUGCGUCAACUUUUGGAAAAAGUGAAACGCGGCGUUUUUCACAUACCAGAUUUCGUACCUCCCGAAUGUCAGAAUCUUUUGCGCGGUAUGAUCGAGGUUAAUCCUGACAAGCGGCUUACGUUGGCGGAGAUCAACAGGCACAAUUGGGUCACGGCAACCGGUAAGGGUGAACUCGAGCUCGAGUUGUCCAUGAUGGACGUUGUUCAGACCCACGUUAUUCCGUCCGUCGAUGCUAUUGAUCCGGACGUACUACAAGCGAUCGCGAGUCUCGGAUGCUUCAAGGAACGAACGAAACUCAUUCAAGAAUUGCUUAGUCCGAAUCACAAUACCGAGAAAGUUAUAUAUUUUCUAUUGCUCGAGAGAAAGAGAAGAAGACCAGCGUGCGAGGACGAGCUCGAAGUAAUGAGAAGUAGAAUUCGUAGUACGAGCGGGCAAUCUGAAGCCGAUCCACCGAGAAAGAGGGUUGACACUUGUAGAGUGAACGGGAGUGCAGCACUGAACUUGGGUCAAAUAUCGCACGGGUCCCCAUUGACACCGAGAAGACAGUCAAGCGCAAGGCACCAUCCCCGUCGUUCACCAAGUACGGGACCUCACACCCACGCGUCAGAUUCGCUCGCCUCAACACCCGGAAGCUCGCCGCUUCACGGACCAAACGUGGCAGGUCUUUUGAGCCCGAGAAGAGCGACACCGAGCUCUCAUCACAGCCAAACCGGAAGUCCUCACAGACUGUCGACUGUCAGCACGAGCGGUGGUAAUGGCGCUAGCCCAACUUCCGGUAGCCCAACGCCCAUUCCACCGCCCUCGAAUGCGGGUAUCGAACUCAGUCAGAUACCCCCAUUCGAGAGCGUGGAUUCUGGCGCCCAUCACUGGAGAUCGAGACUUACAAAUAUCAAGAAUUCAUUCCUCGGAAGUCCCAGAUUCCAUCGACGUAAAUUGCUCACGAGUACUGAUGAGGUACACCUCACGCCCGAUUCAUCGCCAGAACUAACGAAGAAAUCUUGGUUCGGUAGUCUAAUGACGACCGAGAAAGACGAAACUUUCACGGUUCUAGUUAAGGGAAAGCCUCUAGCUAAUGUCAAAGCUGACCUCAUUCAUGCUUUCUUAUCGAUAGCUGAACUGUCGCACAGCGUGAUCUCGCCCAUGUCCUUCAGAGUCGAAUAUAAGAGAGGAAGUACAACACCUUCGAUGUUCCAGCGUCAAGUUCGGUUUCAGGUGGACAUCAGUGCAAUUUCGAAACAACCUAGUGAGCCGUUUUACGCCAUAACUUUCACGCUAUUGAGUGGCAACAUACGAAGAUUCCGGAGGGUCUGCGAACACAUUCAGUCGCAGGUCUGCUCGAGAAAUGCGAGCCUCGCCCUCGGCAAUCAGAGCAGAGCUGCUCCGUCGAGUCCGCGGGCCUCUCGAAAGUUCACUACGGAAAUGAGCGAAAGUUCGAGCUGCGGGAGCGAUACCAGCGAAAGACUGUUUCUGAAUCCACAUCCUGCUACCAGACAGGUAGUUUGUUUCAAUAAGAUCGACUCGGAUCUUGAAUCGGAGACAUCGGCGUUCGACGUAAAAUCACCGACUCGUGAGAAUGGAAGACGCAGCUCAACCUCGACUAACAACAAUAAUCAAUUACCGGGUGAGGUUACACCGACACCGGAGAGUCCACCGAAGGCGGCAGUUCGAAGCAGUUCCGAAAGUCAAAAUACACCGGAAAAGAAGUGCGUGACUACCAUGAGCAGGAGCAACAUAGCGUGAUAUUAUGAGAACUUUCGUUUCGAGUUUCGAUCGAGCCUUAAAAAUAUGUGGGAAAGCGCUCAACGAUUCUGGUAAUGAGAGAAAUAGGGUCGUCACGAACACUGAGAGGACGACAACUGGCAUGACGAUGGAGACGACGAUCGUGGAAGAAUUUGUACCUGCCAAAAUUCAUCGUUCGCGUAUGGAAAUACGGAGAAUAGAAGGAAAAGUCAUGCUAUAUGUAACGAAGAUAAGUUUGGCUGGAAGAUUUGAAAGAGGAAAGAAAAUAAAGUGAUCGAAGGUCCGAGAAAGUUCAUCUCAGCGAAGGAAUAUUUCGCGAAUGCUAGAAAAUGCAAUGAAGCGUAUUGUAAAGAUUCUUGGGGGUUCGGAAGGGUAAAAAACCGGUCGUUAAAAAUCGGGGAAAAAGAGAUGAUUGAAAAUACAUUUGAAAAAUCUCUCACCAUUACAGAUUUCCUUCCAAAGACGUAGAAAAUUUAUGAAAUACGAAGAAUCCUGGGAUCGACAUCGACGCAGAUCGGCCGAAUGAAAAUAUUGCAUUUCUUAUGGGAAUCACGUAUUUUUUCGAGACCAAAGCUGUUCGUUGAGCACGCUUGAAACGUUUUCGGGAAAAAAAGCAAAAAAUUUUAAUCCGUCUGACGUUAGGCUCGUGCGUCUGAACCCGCUGAAAUUUCAUCUCGAAUACUCGCCCCGUCGCCGUGAUAAUGAAAUGGAGAUCAGGAGGGAGGAUGCUCUGUAGAGGAAUUAAAACGAAAUUGCAUUCGUACGAUACGGGAAAUUUUGCAGCUACGUCAUCUACAUUUAAUCGAAAAUCAGCAUUUUUAUUUGAGGGUGCUUUGCGAGACGAUGGAAAAGAAGAUCCUGCUGACCGGAUUAUUUGCAUGGUUGGAAUUCGCGUUCAUAUUGGCCCUAUCAUUACCAGAUUACGCAGAUCGUGCAGAUUUUAAUGUGCAAUACAUCGUCCGCGAUGAAAAACUGGUAACGCUUAAUACGGUCGGAAUAUUAACAUAUAAAAAAUAAAAUAUUAAUAUUAAUUAUUGAAGAAAUAUUGAAAAAUUCAGAAAAAUAAGCCGAUUAAGGAGAAAUUUUGAAAUGAAAUUCCGUGCACGUGAAACCGAAGUGGUACGAGGUACAUCAAUUUUACGGUGGCUAGUGUUAACUAAUAGGAAGUAAACUUAAGAUAUAUUUUCUCAACAAGACAUAUCUCACGAAAGAUUCAAAGCUCCAUAAUCGUGAUAAGCGAUUAUAUAAAAAAAAAAAAAAAGAAAAAGAAAACAAAAAGGAUCAGGGACGUUUUCAAGACUCAUUGCAAUUUGUUCAUGAAUUUAUAAAAAUUCUUUGCUAAAACGCGUCCGAUAGUGUUGAAGGUGAAUUGAAAAUUCAUUCAACGUAUUAAAAAUUAACCAUUUCCAUAUUUCUAGUUAUUUCAAAAUAUCCAAUCGAACAUACUGUAGAAUGUUCGAGGCUCAGAAAACAAUAAAAUAUUCGGUACGUCGAUCUAGAGACAGAUUGAGAGAAAUAUGUCGAGACGUUGCCAAGGAAAAACCGCUAAAAACGAGAUUCGAAUGUUUAGGGCUGAUUUUAGAUUCGAUUCAAUAUGACACGUUCCAACAGCAUAAAUAUCGUUAUCGUCAUUCUUGUUUACGUUGUUAUCAUUCGAUUAUUAGUAUGAUGAUGAUUAUUAUUAUUAUUAUUAUUAUUAUUAUUAUUAUUGCCAUUAUUAUAUUUUAUGUAUUUGUAAGAUAGUCCAUUGGGUGCAGUCAUUACUCAUUGCUUCGCGGUAGCCAAAUAAUUGAAAGAAGAAAAAAUUAAAUCCCACGAGCUGUCGAUAGUCUGAGAGUACGAUGAAGGAAAAGGACGAAUCUUUGGUAGGAUCGAGAGUCGCCGAUCAACGAGAAAAUUCUUCAUCUUUUUUUGUUGAAAAAUAAAAAUAAAAAAAAGUAUCGCCGACGUAAAGGAUAUUCCUGGAAAAAUGGUACACAAUUGAUCAUGGAAGUAACUGUUGACAACUCUUGUUAAAAAAAAAAGCAGUAAAACGCUAUCAUCUGUUUCCUGAACAAUGAAGACUAAUUAUCCUGGAAAUGUAACAACUAUUUGAAGAAUCGUUUGGUACAAUUAUUACACGAUAGAAAGAGUAAAAAUUUUUUAGCGCAACUCAUUAAAAUGAUUUUCUGUUUGCUUUUGAAUAAAAAGUUGUAAAAAUAAGUUUAUUUGGGAUUAUUCGAAGCUUCGACGUUAAUGGAUAGACGUUAUUUGUUGGCGUACAAAUCUCGAGCAUCGUUUCGAGGUUUGGCAAUACACGAGACAUAACUGUAAACGCGAUAAUUCACAAAGUAAACAACGCGAGUGUAAUAUCUAGCAAUUAUUAACAAAAUCAUAAUUAUAAUAAUAAUAAGAAUUAAAAAAAAUAAAAAGUGUUCGAGAGACAUUCAUUUAAUCGAGGUGAGAGUGCGAGUGUGUGGGAGCGUUUGGAUGUCUCUUAUAAUAGUUAACGUUUGAACGGAAAUGUAAAAUAUACUACUAGGAAGAUUGUGCGACUUCAGUUAUCUACUUGCGUAAUAGUAAUUGAAUUAUCGAAAAAAAAUAAGAAUAAUGAAAUAAAAUGAAAAAAAAAAAAAAAAAAUACACACGGAAGAUCGAAGGAGUGAGGGAUUAAUAUUUAGCUAAUGUAUGAGCGAUUCAUUGUUGGAGAAGAAAUGUAAGGUGAAGAAUACUGUAAUCGGAGACUGAAUCGAAGGCCGCGUUGAGCAUAACAAUUUUCUUAAAUAUCAUUCGGGAAGACACCAGUUUGUUUACUAUUUUUUAUAUCCGUGACGAUGAAAAGUGGCUUUGAACGAGAAUAUUAACGCACUGAGAGCAUUUGUGCUUGCCCGAAGUUUUUGUUUAUUAAUAUUUUUAGUUCAAAUUCUAAGAUUUAAACUCAAAAUAAAAAAGACGUAUAGUAGAUUUUUCACAUUUUCCAAAAAGUUUAAUUUUUCAGUCGGAAAAAAUGUUAUGUAAGUCUUUUCAAACAUUACCAUUUUUACGCGAUGUGCAUAAUGGCAGUAAUGUUAGUAAUUUGAAAUUUGCACGAAGUACCUUUACAUCAGCUGUUAUUUAUUGAAAAAAAUGAACGCGUUUUCACAUAGAAAUCCAAAAAUUUUUUUAAAGUUUCAAAUGUUCUCAGUACUUCUCGCGGAUUAAUCUUCGAACACAAGUAAUUUUUUUCCACAAUUUCUUUGGAAUUUGGACUCUCAUUUAAGAAUAAUUUGGUUUUUCGAUUCAAAACCACGUUUAUUUGUGUUCUGAAUAUAAAAAUUCUUAACGAUUAAUGUUGUUUUUUUUUUCACAUGUCCUCAGUAAAGUUAAGUAACACUGAAGAUCUAAAAAUUGAAAUUUUCGUGUACAGAAAAGUCCGCAAGUAUCUUCGGCUCGGAGCUAAAGUACUUGUUUAUUUUUUGCUUCUUGUUCAUUUCAAAUUCAUGCCCAUCAGUGAAAGUUUAUUAGAUACGAAUAAAGAAACACUCGCGAAAGAAAUUCAUACUAGAAUAUCCAUAUCCUAAUGUCUACUAUGAAUGACGAUUCAGCAAAUAUUCAAUCCGAAAAAGAAAGGAAAAAGCUGACGAGGGAAAAUAUCGAUAUAUUUUACAAUCCAGUGUUGCAGAACGAUUUUCAGCGGCCCUUCGAUGCAAGUAUAAGUACGAUUCUCUUUACGAUACGUAAAGUCGAUGAUGUAUUGCCAUGAAUAUAAAACGACGACGAAAAUCCUCUAGAUUAUUGUUUACAAUAAGGCUUUCGAGGCUCUAGCGCGUAGUAGAGAAUUUUUAUACAAUUCAUCAAUUGAAAUGAGAGAGAGAGAGAGAGAGAGAAGGAGAGAGAGCGAGAGAGAAAAAGAGGGGAGAGAAGAGAAGGAUUAAAAAUAGCCCGCCGUCAUUUUGUUCGUUAAUUGCGUGUUUAAAUUGUUGAAAAAAAAAUACUUAAACAAAAAUAUCGUUACUUUCUCGUAUGAAUGCAUCCAGAGUAUGCACUCCGCAUUCUUGGGGAUAAAAUUUAGUAAGAAAAAUUGAAAGGGAAAAAGAAUUGAAUUAAUACUACUCCCGUGUACUUCAACAGCCUAGUGAAUACACGGAACUCGACGCGUGUGUAUAAACGUGCAUUUAUCACAAAAAAACUGACGUUCACAUAUGUGGAGCCUAUCUGUAAUAUAAACUAUCGCUUGAUGUUUCAAUAAUUUAUCACUGUGCAUCUAAUAUAUUUAUAUAAUUAUCUCGUAAUAGAGUUCGGUCGAUACGGUACGUGAUUUAUUUAUUUAUUUAUUUAUUUUUUUAGUAUCGAGGAGAACUGAGUAUGGAGACUAGUCAGGUCAUUUUCUACGAGCUAAAAAUCACUGCGAACACAACUAUUUUCACGGGAGUUUGUAUAUUAUUUAUUGUAGAGAAAAAUUAAAAGCUUUUUGAAUCGUUUAUGCUUAUUUUAUGAUUGUGACGAGCCUCGGGUUCGCUAAUCAGGAAUAUUGUCAUUUUUCAUUUGCAUCGUACUGAUUUUCUCAGAGAUAAAUUCCAACAAAUCAAAAGAUUCCUCACUUUUUGAAGGCUCAAAUUUUCUUCAGAUGCAAAAAAUCAAUUGAAAAUCAAUUUAUUCAAUGGGUUAAUGAAACUGUAUUGAUUGUAAAACGUUGACUAGUCUGCAUAGCUCGAUGGUCCUCGUGAAGGAGAAAAAAUAAUAUAUAUAUUCGCGCCGGCGUGUAAACGAAAUGAAUUGUCUAUAUUUCGUCUCGUGUACAGGAUAAAUCGUACGAGUAUGAAGAUCGUAAAUCACAGAACCUUAAAGAUGCUUGUUUCGUUCUUUCUUUUGGGCAAUCGUCGACAUUGUUAAUGAAUCAUUCCCUCGGAUUGAAAAUCUUCGAUUUCAAUGAGGCGGAAUAAAAUAAUCGUUUCGUCAUUAUUUUCAACCGCGUUCUGCCCGAUUUUGAUGCUCAAUCUCUCCGUACGAUCGCUAUAGCUAGACAAGAUUAUUUAUUCAGCGUACUUUGUAACUGCCUUUGCGUUGCUCGUUGUAGUUAAAUCAAUUGGGGUGUUGCGAUAUAUGGAUCAAUUUGCACGUAAGCUUUGUCUCAAAGGAAUGCUAAAACCAGGUGUUCCAGUAUUUGGAAUGAAAAUUUUUCGAAUAAAUAAAAGAUCGAUCUUUCACACGUUUGUAUGAAACAAAUUUCCUUCCCAACUUCAUUCGAUCAUCACAAAUAAUAACGUACUAUAAAAAUUUCGCUCGAGCAGUACGAAAACUACGAAUAGUUGAACGACCUAAUGAAGAAAAAGAAGCAAGCUUCGAGUAAGAUCGAUCGACAGAGUAUUCGAACAAUAAAUAAAUGUUCAAUUAUCUGGGACAUCAAUUUGACCUUACCUUCGAUCUGCCACUUAUUUUCAAGCGGUGUUCACGCAUAACGGCGGAUUAUUUUCUCGUAAUAGUCGUGCUAAUCUGGGACAAUUCUACACUAUAUUCUUAUGUACAUACGCGUCUACUUUUAUGUUUUUUUUUCCCCCAUUCAUGCAUAAAAAUACUUUCAAAAUCUUUCAUCUAAAUAAAAAUAACAUCGCCAUUAUAAAUCGUGCAGCAUUUUCUCGGGAAAAUGAUGAUUGUGCGAGAAACAAAACACCAAUAAUAAUUUAACAAAAGUAAAAAACAAAACAAAAAAGAGAAAAAAAAACAAAAUACGGUUGAGUGUUCAAUUCGCAAAUACCGAAUCACUAAUAUAUUUUAUAUACGACCAUGAGUCCACAGAGCACACGGAAGACGCAUGCACACUGUAUUUCGUAGAUAAACUGAAACACACCUGCGUGCGUAUAUAUUAUUUAUAUAAUUAUAAAUACAGAAAAUGUACGCAAAGAUUGUAACAAUAAAAGAGAAAGAAAAACAACCAAAAGAAAAAACAAACGCAAAAACAUAUUAAUUGGACCGACUGAAAUUAGUGCUCGCUUUGGUCUGCCACACGCUAACGUUUGCGCGCUUGCUAUAUUCGAUCUGUUUUAUUAUUUUUUUUUGUUAUUUAUUGCUUAAUUUGAAGAAUAAAUAUGUACAUGGGAGAAAAAAAAUGGUGAAGUGCGUAAACAUAGGCGAUUUGUAAUGAAAUUUCGAUGGGAAAAAAAGAAAUAAAAUGACGAAACAACGAACGAUUCGAUAAUACGACGACGGAAAUAAAGCAUCAAAUUGCAUCCAUCGAAGGAAACGGAUCUGGCGAAAUGGGCAAAACUUUUAUUUCGUUAUAGCGCGUGAUUGCGCUGAAUAAAUUGAAUUCGAUACGUAUUUAGAUGAAUCAGAAGAUGCGUUGUGACUCCCUGAUUGACAGCCAUUUGUUACUGCGUUUGUUUAAUUACAAACUUCAUUCGAUGGCUCUGAAUUAUCCUCAUUUAGCGUUGGCAACAAUCAUACCCAUCCGUUUUUCUCAUCAAUGGAAAUCAGAAAAGUAAACCCAAACGAGCACGUACACGUUCAUUGAAAAAUAACCGAUUAAGAGCAACGGUUGAAAAUAGAUUGUAAAAUGGAAAAUAAAAUAAAAUAUGGGAUGAAAUCGUUUAAUCCGUGGUUAAUAAUGCGUCUGCUAUUAAUGAAUUAGCGUAAAUUUGGUGACACGUCCAUGACAACUGACAAUAAAGGAUGUGGUUGUAAAGGGGCUUCUCCAAAUUAGAUGAAUCAAAUUAUUAGAGUGGAUCAAAGCGAGAGGAAUCUUAUGAAAAAGCAAACGAUAUGAAAGAGAUGAAAUGUGGAUUGAAGCAUGUCAAAUGUUUCGAUCUUUGUGUCCGUGUGAACUGAAUGAUUAUGAUAAUUCAAUGAUACUUUCAAAGUAGGGCGUUCGUUGAUGAUAUUUUUUUGAAAAACCUCUUAAUUACUUAAAUUCGUAAUCGAUCGCCGGGCAACGCUGAAUAUAGACAUAACGAGGCCUGUUCGCGAAUUGGCCACCAUCCCCGUCCCUAUUUAUAUAAUACUCUGGAUAUCUACAUUGAAAAACGAAUACAUUGAAAUAAAAAGUAAAAAAAAAAAAAAAUGAAAAAAAAAACAGGAAUAGUGAAUAAUUAUUUUCGAAAUAAGACGUUCGGCUCGUAACGACUGUUUGCAAGGUACAGAGACGAAAAAACGGAUAAUCGAUGAAAAUACACACACGUUACAACUCAAAUUAAAUUGACGCGGGAAACGUGUUGUAAUAAUGUGCGUUGGAACUGUGAUUCAAUUGAUAAAAAGAAAAACAAAAUAAAGCCAUAAUUCGAUCAUGGUUAUGCUUAGAUCGUGCAAAAAUCAGUUACAUGUGUAAUAAACAGCAUCAUUUAAUAUAUCAAUCUCAAUUAGGAGAUUAUGAUUAAUCGUCAAAAACGCUUUGUAAUAACAAUUUUUAUAUGUAUACUAUCGCUAGUAGUAAAGAGAUAUUAAGGAUUUACGAGGUGACCCAACCAUCGUUACGAUUGAUUUGUUGAACGAUUUAUAUAUAUUUAAAACAAUAUUUGUUUUCUUUUUUCCUCUCGUAAUAAAAAAGAAUAAGGAGA